CUCGUCCAAUUGAAGGGUCCAGCGGCGUGUUGAGAGUUGGGAGCGCGCGCAAGACAGACGGACAGACAGACAGACACACGCGCCCAUACACACACACACACACCGGCACCAUGGCUGAGGGGGUCAUCAGCUUCCUGAAGGAUUUCCUGGCGGGUGGAGUGGCUGCGGCCAUCUCCAAAACAGCCGUUGCGCCCAUCGAGAGGGUCAAACUGCUACUGCAGGUCCAACAUGCCAGCAAACAGAUCACAGCCGAGACACAGUACAAAGGCAUUAUCGACUGUGUGGUGAGGAUUCCCAAGGAGCAGGGCUUCCUCAGUUUCUGGCGCGGAAACCUGGCCAAUGUGAUCCGGUACUUCCCAACUCAGGCUCUCAACUUCGCCUUCAAGGACAAGUAUAAGAAGCUGUUCUUAGGUGGUGUCGACAAGCACACCCAGUUCUGGCGCUACUUCGCUGGCAAUCUGGCCUCAGGUGGUGCUGCCGGUGCCACAUCACUCUGCUUUGUGUACCCACUGGACUUCGCUAGGACCCGGCUGGCUGCUGAUAUUGGCAAAGGUGCUGCUGAGAGAGAAUUUACUGGCCUGGGCAACUGCAUUGCCAAGAUCUACAAAUCAGACGGCAUCAGGGGGCUCUACCUUGGCUUCAAUGUGUCCGUCCAGGGCAUCAUUAUUUACAGAGCUGCAUACUUCGGGAUCUAUGACACCGCUAAAGGCAUGCUGCCAGACCCCAAGAACACACACAUCAUCAUCAGCUGGAUGAUUGCCCAGACCGUCACUGCUGUUGCUGGUAUCAUCUCCUAUCCCUUCGACACUGUCAGACGUCGUAUGAUGAUGCAGUCAGGACGCAAAGGAGCUGACAUCAUGUACAAGGGCACGGUGGACUGCUGGAGGAAAAUCAUCAAGGAUGAGGGGCCGAGGGCUUUCUUCAAGGGUGCCUGGUCAAACGUGCUCAGAGGAAUGGGCGGCGCCUUCGUGCUUGUCCUCUAUGAUGAGAUCAAGAAGUUCACAUAAAUGUUGAAGCCUCAAGAUCCAUCUUACCAAAAGGAGACCCUCAAUGCUGUGAACGUCUUAAAUCAGGCUAGAUGUGUGUGAGAGUGUGCCGAGUGUCUGAGAGCGAGAGGAAGCAACCACUUCAUCAUCCGCUUCGAAACCUGUGUAAAUAUAUUUAACUCCAACCCACCCACAUCUCUGAUUAUGACUGUCCUGUCAGGUCCGAUUACUCUUGGUAUACAAAUAUUGUUUUGGUUCCUUAUAAUAUUUGUUCCAUUUAGAAAAAACAAACAUGAGCACGUCUGGGGCCAGUGGGCUUCAUUAUUAGAAGACGCAUGCGUCUGUACACCAGAAAAGUCAACAGUUUCUUGUGUUCUUUUAAUAAAAACGCACUUGAAAAUACCA